AUGAUCCUCAAUCUUCUUCAUGAACUCAGCACAAUCACACUCAUUUUGCUUGCAUCGACCCCAAAAGUUGCCGCGAAUGUCCUCGGAAGUGAACAUCAGUACAGCAACAACAAGACGGAAGAGUUCAAAGCCAACGAGUCGCAGAGACAACUUGAUCCAAGCCUGGACUCGAAGCUCCGAGCGUCCGCGUCCGUUCAGUUUGAAUGUUUCAGCGCAGGAAAGCCCUCCUCGCCCGAAGUAGUACCGACAGGAAAGGAACUGCAGCAAGGUCAACCACCGGAAGUGACGAAACAACCCACGUCAGUUACUGUAAGACCCGGAGAAAGAGCUACACUUCAGGCUACUGUUGUUGGCACUCCUAAGCCGGACGUCCAGUGGUACAAAGACGGACGACCUAUCACAAGAGGUGACGUAGUUCCAGUCACAGAGACCGCCCCGGAUGGAACGAUCACAACGAAGCUGGUUGUCGAGAGGGCAACCUUGGAAGAUGCCGGCACCUACUGGUGCGUCGCUAAAAACUGGUGGGGAAAAGCUGAAAGCGUCCGAGUCACACUUAACAUCAAAGGUGCUAGGGAGCCACCACGGUUCGUGGAACAUCUGGCACCGGAGGUUGUCAUAAGUGGCCUCAGCGUCGUCUUGCGCUGCAAAGUUAUCGGUUCACAGCCCAUAACGGUCAAGUGGUACAGGAAUAGGCGGGAAGUGAAACAAACUCCAGAUUUCCGGAUGGAAUAUAAUCCCGAGUCCGGAAAUGUUGUCCUUACAAUCGCUGAAAUCUUCCCGGAUGAUCAAGGGCUUUAUUCUUGCAAAGCUGCCAACGAGUUUGGAGAGGACGAAACGUCAGCACCCGUCACAGUGACAGAUAUGGAGUUGUUGGACGCUGCACCUAAGGUACAGCCGCGCUUCGUUCUUCCCUUGCGCCCAUCGUCAUUUCCUGAAGGUGAACCUGCAAUGCUUCGAGUUGAAGCGCACGGUGUUCCCGACCCCACGUUUUCCUGGUACUUUGAAGGCCGCCAACUGAAAAGUUCUCGCGACUUUCUCGUUACAACUGAAGGGCUCACCAGUAAUGUAAUGAUAGCGGAGCUGUUCCCUGAAGACGCCGGCCCUUAUGAGUGCCGUGCUCAGAACCCAGCUGGAAGAGCAACAACAUCAGCAAAUCUUAGUGUCUUACCUGCUGGUGGUCCAGAAUCAGGUGCUGUGACGCUGGACGAAGCUGGUCUUCCAACUCCCCAGCCCGAUGAUCUUCCACAGAUGUCGGCCCCUAUCUUUACGAAAGGCCUUGUAUCGCAAACUGUUCCGGAAGGCGGAUCCGUAGUGUUCGAGGGUCAGGUGUCGGCUUUCCCGGACGUCGUGUGCUUCACCUGGUAUCUAAAUGGAAGGGUGCUAAAAUCGUCAAGAGAUUUCCUGAUCCACAGCGAGGGCACUAAAACAACCCUGAAAAUCGCCGAGGUGUUUGUGGAUGACGCGGGAACUUUCUCGGUAACUGCUGAGAACCCCGUCGGUAUCGCGACUUCUCGCGCGAAACUCACUGUAGAAGUGGAGUCCAGUGAAGUAGAAAACUUGGAAGCACCUCGGUUCUUAACAGAACUCACUCCUGUGACAGUGAUGGACGGCGGAGAGGCUAAACUUUCUGUCUACGUGACCGGAAAGCCUCCACCGCGUGUCACGUGGUACCACAACGACCGGGAAGUCAAGAACAACGCUGAUGUGUGGACGACACUCCGAACGGACGGCUACUGCGAGCUCUUCAUUUCAGAAGCGUUCCCCGAAGACAUGGGCGAAUACGUCUGCAAGGCCACGAAUGUUGCAGGAACGGCUACCUGUAGGACGCACGUCCAUGUCGAGGCAUACGAAUACGUCCCAGACUCGGAAGUGGCGUCGGCGACAUACGACACGACGGCUGCAGGGAAGCAACACACUCAAGAGGACUCGUACUAUUCCAUGGACACGAUGCAGAGCUUUUCUGAGUUAGACGAAUCCGAUAUGGAGAAAAUUCCUGACCUCCCACGUGACGACGGAAAACCACCGAAGGCCCCGGGCAAAACCAAGCACCGUAAGCAGCCUCACAAGCGAAGGAAAAAGAGGACAUCACGAGGAACCCCUGAAAUACCGAAAGAGGUGAUCCCACCCUGUUAUGAGCCCGUGCAACCAUGGGAGCCAGGCAGACGUAAAACCUCAGAUCCAGGUUCCGCUCCCGUGUUUGUGGUUCCACUGGAAGAUGUGGUCGUUCCACUUGGGCAGCCUGCCACGUUGGACUGCAAGGCUGUUGGAAUGCCAAAGCCCAAGAUUGUAUGGUACAGAGACGGAGAGGUGGUGAAGCACACGCCGGACUACCAGCUCUAUUACGACACACAAGGUCUGUCAUCCCUCACCAUCUGUCACACAACGUUGGAAGACUUUGGAGACUACGUGGUGGAGGCGAAAAAUCGCUAUGGCGUUGAUAGCACGCAAGCAGAGCUCAUUCAACUCGACUUGAACUCGAUGCGGCCAAUGCGAAGGAUACCACGAGCAGAUCACAGGCUGAGCUUGGAUUACCAGCCAAUGCGCCCCCGGUUUGAAAUGCCUCUUCAGAGCAGCUACUACAAACCUCUUGGCUUCCCGGUCACCUUGGAAUGCUUAGUACGAGGUCGGCCCAAGCCUACCAUCACUUGGUAUCACAAUGGCAUCCAAGUGGAACCAUUGCGUAUGCCUGUCUACAAGACAACGGUCCUUAGCGACAAGUGCAUGUUGCACAUCACGGAAAUGACAACUGCCACACAGGGACACUACGUCUGUAAGGCAAACAACGACGCAGGAGAACGGGUGACGGAGUGCUUCCUGCAUAUUGGAGAACCCGAGGAUCAAGGGUUGGAACCCUAUCAACCACCGGAAAAGCUGCAUCCAGCAGGCGUCCCAUUGCCCCCGUUUCUCCAGAAGAAAUCUCCAAGGGUACGGACGUCAGAAGAUGAAUACUUGAGCUACGAAUCGGAGUCUGAAAUCAGCUUCAAGGAAACGAUUGCACCCCAAAUUCGGAAGUUACCGAAGCCAAAAGAACUGCCUCCAGCAGAGCCAGAGGACAAAGGGAAAGGGUUUUUCUCGACGAUCCUCAAACCAGCGUGGCCCUUGAGUUUGUUCCGAUCAGUUUCUCCUCAGCCAACUACACAGCAAGAGCCUUUGGAGAAACCGUCACCGGAGCCUCCACGAGCAGCGUCCAUACCAAAAGACCUUGGAAAGCCUCCGACUGGACGAAGGCCUGAAGAGAUCACAAGGUGGGAACCACGACGACUAUCGGAGGUGGGGCAGCCACCCAAGUUUGUCGCUCCCCUGCAAGACGUCGAAGUGCCCGCGGGCUACCCUGCCACGUGA